AGCACAAUAUUGCAUUUCAAAAACCAUGUCCAUGCUUGCCCGCAGUGCUGCCCGCUCUGUCGCGCGUUCAGCCCCUCGAGGCUCCCGUACCGUCGUCGUCGAUGCUUCCGCCACUGACUACGUAGCUAAGCGUAACGCUGUCAAAGCCCAUGCCCAAGAUACUACCAACCUUUGGCGCAGAAUAAGCUUCUUCGUUUGUGUUCCUGGUACUCUGGUCACCCUUGCAUGGGUUCGUAACGCGGAAGCCGAACAUGCUGAGCACCAAGAACAUCUCAAACAUGAGAAUGGUGGCGAGCUUCCUGAGAUCCCUGGAUACGAUUACAUGAACAGGCGGGUAAAACCCUUCCCUUGGGGAAUGAACUCCCUGUUUUUCAACCCACAUGUCAACAAGGAUAUGGCCAACUAGUAGUCACACUUUUUUCUGUAGACUAGGGGAAUUUAGUCGUUUUCCCCAUCCUUUGUCCACGCAGAAUGGAUUGUGAAUAUCACAGAUAACCCCAACGUAACACUGCUUCUUCGUGAAUGCGCCGCGCUUCUAGGCGCUCCUGGUUCAGUCAUAUCCAGUUCAGCUGGUGGCAUCAAGGACUUACUCAUACUGGAAUGACAUAUCAACCUUCGCGUCAUGCCAUGCACUCGUAAACUCACUGACGCGUAUCCAUACAAACACAAUGGUACCACGGCAAUCUCAAUUAUUCCCUUGUUACAUGCUCUUCUGGUGUGUUUUGACCUCGCAUUCUUUUCUGAGAGGAUCUUAUGUCAAUGAUCACUGCGUCG